CAAGGAAACUUUGCGACAGAGCUGAACCCCUCCAGGAGCGCCAGAACAGUCGAGUGGGAUAACUUUGCUGUUUCCUGGAUGGGGUUGUGACUGUCCCGUGAAAGCGUUGAGCAGAGAUCUGGAGCUGCGCGUGGAGCGCUGAACAUGCCCUAAGAAGAGCCAAUCAUUCAUUAUUCUCUCAAUGACACAAAGUCACUGUCCUCAGGCUGGCUGAUUCAGCACGCACAGGGAUUUGCAGCGGGCUGUAUAUGUAAAGGAGAACCGGAUUCAGUACCCGUGAGUCCUGAGGAGGAACAUGGCUACCGUGGACACAAUGUCAGAGGCCUCUGAGGCUGGAGACAACAGCGAGUUCACUGACAUCAUCAGAUGGAGAUCAGAUGAACAUGAUGCCGUACAGAAGAAAACCUUCACGAAGUGGAUCAACGCACAGUUCUCGAAGACGGGGAAGACGCCCAUCAAAGACAUGUUCUCUGACCUGAGAGACGGCAGGAAACUCCUCGAUCUCCUGGACGGGCUCACUGGAAACACACUGACCAAAGAGCGAGGCUCUUCCAGAGUUCACUCCCUCAACAACGUCAACCGUGUGCUGCAGGUCCUUCAUCAGAGCAGCGUGGACCUGGUGAAUAUCGGUGGGACUGAUAUUGUGGAUGGGAAUCAUAAGCUCACGCUAGGACUCAUCUGGAGUAUCAUCCUGCACUGGCAGGUCAAGGACGUCAUGAAGGAUGUGAUGUCCAGUCUUCAGCAGACCAACAGUGAGAAGAUUUUACUGAGCUGGGUGAGGAACUGCACCCGCAACUAUAACAACGUUAAUGUGCUCAACUUCACCACCAGCUGGGCGGACGGCCUGGCCUUCAACGCCAUCCUACACCACUUCAGGCCUCAUGGAUUCAGCUGGGAGGAAGUAGUUCAUCUAACUCCAGUAGAGAGGCUGGACCAUGCUUUCACAUUCGCCAAAGACCAGCUCAACAUUGAGAGACUACUGGAUGCAGAAGAUGUGGCGGUGCAGUUGCCGGAUAAGAAGUCCAUCAUCAUGUAUGUGACCUCACUCUUUGCCGUCUUUCCCAACGACAUCACAAUGGAUGACAUCAAAGAGGUGGAGACGCUGCCCAGACGCUAUAAGGUGGAUCAGGAUGAGGGUCAUGCUGGAUUGGCUGCAGAGACGCAGGAGGUGAGCAGCAGGCGGCCAGAGACGGAGGUGGACAUGGAGGUCAGUCUGGACAUGUAUCAGAUCACGCUGGAAGAGGUGCUCACCUGGCUGCUGUCGGCCGAAGACACGCUGCACAUGCAGGACGACCUGUCCCACGACGUGGAGGAGGUCAAAGACCAGUUCCACACACACGAGGGCUUUAUGAUGGAAUUGACAGCCCACCAGAGCAGCGUGGGUAACGUCUUACAGGCAGGACACCAGCUGAUCGCUCAAGGCCACCUGAGUGAGGAAGAGGAGGAAGAGAUCCGAGAACAGAUGACACUGCUCAACUCCCGCUGGGAAAACCUGCGGGUCGCCAGCAUGGACCGUCAGUCCAGACUUCAUGAGGUUCUGAUGGACCUUCAGCAACAGCAGCUCCAGCAGCUCUCUGAUUGGCUGACGCAGACGGAGGGGCGGAUCCGUAAGAUGGAGAAAGAGCCAAUAGCAGGAGACCUGGAGGGAUAUCUGGUCCACAUAGAGCAGCACAAAGUUUUGCAGAAUGAUCUGGAGCUGGAACAGGUAAAGGUGAACUCUCUCACACACAUGGUUGUGGUCGUGGAUGAGAACAGCGGGGAGAGUGCAACUGCUGCCCUGGAGGAACAAUUGCAGUCACUGGGGGAGCGCUGGGCGGCAGUGUGUCGCUGGACGGAGGAACGCUGGAACAAACUUGAGGAAAUUCAGCUUGUGUGGCAGCGGCUGCUUGAUGACCAGAGUUUGUUUGGAUCGUGGCUAGCAGAAAAGGAGAAGGCCUUGAGUGAAGUUCAGACCAGUGAUUUUAAAGACCCUAGUGAAAUAAAUGCCAGCGUGCGCAGAUUAGCCAAUCUCAAGGAGGACAUGGCCCAGAAGCGAAGGGCCCUGAGUGCUCUGUCAGAUGCUGGACAGGAUGUGACAGUGCUGUUAAACAGUCCAGCCGCAGCUCAGAGGAUCGAAACAGACACAGACCUACUGACCCAACGCUGGGACAACCUGGUCCAAAAACUAGAGGACUGCUCCAGCCAAGUAACUGAAGCGGUGUCUGUGACUGGGAUACCCCAGGUACCGGAGAAGAUGGUCAUGGACACAGUCACAACACGGAUGGAGCAAACCUUCACCAGCAGCGAUCGAGAGCUACCGCCACCUGCUCCACCUAAAAGACGACAUCUGGAUACAGACGGCGAGCUCAGGAGACUAGCUGAAACUGAUGUUGCCAAGCUUUUGUCACGGCUGGCUGCAUGGAAGUCAUCCGCCCGAGCUGCUGGAGAGACGCCUGGUCUGAAGGAAAAACUACAGACGCUGCGGGUGGAGCUUGCUGAAAACGAGGGGGCAGUGAAAGAGGUAGUGCAGAAAGGAGAGAAGAUGAUUGAACGGUUGGAGAAAGAAGGUCUGUCUUCAGAGGAGGCCCGUUCUGCCCUGGACUCUGUGCGUGAAGAAUGGGAGAGCUGUCAGAACCUGAUCCAGGAUCUGAGGAACCGAGCUCAAGUACUAGAGCAGGUGGCAGCGCUUCAGUCAAGACUGAAGGCUCUAGAUGGAGUCCUGCAGGAACCGGAGAAAUGGCUGAUCUCCACAGAAGGGUUUAGAGCAAAAAACAACCAGCAGGAACUCCAGACACUCAAAGACGACUGUGAGGCUCGUAUAGCAGAGCUGGAAAAGCUUCAGGCACAGGUGGAAGAUCUGUGUUCUCAGACGGAGCGUCUGGCCGCAGAACCCGGAGCCCCUGACACCACGAGGUCCAGUGUGACAGCGCUGGCAUCACGCCACAGCACAACCAUUCAGGAGCUCCAGACACGGCAGCAGGACAUCACCACAGUUUUGUCCAGGCUGGAGGGGUCCCGAGCGCUGCAGCAGAUGGGGUCCGGACUGAACACAGUCAGCGCUGAUAUCAGAGACAUCACCACGGCUGAGCAGGGACUCAUCAAAGCUCAGGCUCUCUGUGCUGAGAUAUUGCAGCAGGGUCAGGAGGCAUCGGAGGCAGCAGAGCAGCAGGCCUGGACUGAGCUCUCCACGGCCGCCCAGGAUCAGCUCAGCAUGCUGCAGUGCAUUCUGGGUAGCAUGAAGGACACAAAGGUGAAGCGUGAGGAGGUGGAGCGCUGGCUGAAUGCUGCUGAUGAGCUGCUGUCUCGAGACGCUAGCGGCUUCAGCCAAGCUGACAAACUACAGGAAGAAGUCAACCAGUGCAAGGAGCUGGUGAGUGAGAUGGACAGCGUGAACUCGUCUCUGAAGCAGAUGAGGGAGAACGUGACGGCCGUGCAGAAGAGCUCAGUACAUGGUCUGGUCAGCUGGGGGCAGACGGAGCUGGACCACAGUCAGAGGCGCUGGGACACGCUCAGUAAAGAGCUGCUGAGGCGAGAGGAGCGUGCGAGUGACGGUCAGGAGAGAGUGGUGAAUCUGAAGAAAGACGUGGCGGAGAUGCGCGAGUGGAUGAUUCAAGUGGACGAGGAGUUUCUCAUGAGAGACUUUGAGUACAAGAGCCCCGAGGAGCUGGAGGAGGCGCUGCAGGAGAUGAAGAGGGCUAAAGACGAUGUGUUACAGAAGGAAGUGCGUGUGAAGAUUAUGAAGGACAACAUUAAUGUUCUGAAUAGUAAGACGCCCCCUGGUGGUCCCGACCUGAGCCCUGAGCUCACUGAGGUGCUGCUCAACUACCAGAAACUCUGCGAUCGCUUCAAGAGCAAGUGCCACACACUGGAGGAGGUGUGGUCCUGCUGGAUCGAGCUGCUGCAGGAUCUGGACGUGGAGUCUGGCUGGUUGAACACGCUGGAGGAGAAAGUUCAAGCCACUGAGAGCGUCCCAGAAAACACAGAGUCUGUCAGCGAGGCUCUGGAGUCUCUGGAGUCGGUUGUGCGUCAUCCGGGUGAUAACAGGACUCAGAUCCGAGAGCUGGCCCAGACUCUCAUCGACGGAGGCAUUCUGGAUGAACUCAUCAGCGAGAAACUGGAGAGCUUCAACUCACGCUACCAAGAACUGACUCAGCUGGCUGCUGCACGUCAGAUGUGUCUGGAGCAGAAGUUGGGGACUCUGAGAGAGAACGAGGUGGUGUUACAAACACUACAGACGUCCCUGACGCAGCUGGACCAGACGCUCACCUCGUACCUCACCGACCGCGUCGACGCCUUCCAGCUGCCACAGGAAGCUCAGGUCAUUCAGGGCGAGAUCGCGGCCCAUGAGGCCACACUGGCGGAUCUGAGGAGGAGGAACGUAGGUAACGUAGCUCCAACCGUCCCAGAGGGCAAACCAGUGCGAGGAGGAACCCUCCUGGACCAGUUACAGCGGAAACUCCGUGAGAUUAGUACAAAAUUCCAGCUGUUCCAGAAACCAGCCAACUUUGAGCAGAGGAUGCUGGACUGCAAGAGGAUUCUGGACAACGCUAAAGCUGAACUUCACAUCCUGGACCUGAACGACACACAACCAGAGGAGAUCCAGACCCACCUGAACGGAUGCAUGAAACUGUAUAAGAUCUUGAGCGAGGUGAAACUGGAGGUGGAGACGGUGAUUAAAACAGGAAGACAGAUCGUACAGAAACAGCAGACAGAAAAUCCUAAAGGAAUGGAUGAACAACUCACCGCCCUCAAAUUACUCUACAAUGAGCUGGGAGCUCAGGUGACUGAGGGGAAGCAGGGUUUGGAGAAGGCCUUGUCUCUGUCUCAGCGGCUGCAGAAGGACAGCGCCGCCCUGCAGGCCUGGAUGAGGCACACUGAGACCCCGCUGAAAGAGAAGCUCAGCACAGGACACAUGCCUGACGACAUCGAGACGGAGAUCACAUGGGCCAACGGCCUGCUGAAGGAGUCUGAGCUCAAGAAGAGCGCUCUGUCUGUGGUGAUGGAGAACAGCGCCGCCCUGCAGGCUUUAGUGGAGGGCAGCGAGGCUCAGCUGGAGGACCAGCUGUUUGUGCUCAAUGAAGACUGGGAGCGUGUGCACACAAUGAUCGAGGACUGGCUCAAUGCUGUUCUGAAUCACUUGCGUGAGCUGGAGGUGUUUGAUGAGAAUUUGGCUCAUAUCAGCACAUGGCUCUAUCAGACGGAGAUACGACUGGAUGAGAUGGAGAAGAUGCCUGCAGUCGAGAAAGAGAGGAUGAUGAAGGCUGUGUUGUGUGAGCUGGAGGGAAUGAGUGUGCGUGUGGACCGUGCUCGUGACCAGGCAGUGAUCUUGAUGACCAGCAGAGGGCCUGUGUGCAGAGAGCUGGUGGAGCCCAAACUGGCCGACCUCAACCGUAACUUCCACAAGGUGGCGCAGCACAUCAGCGCUGCUCAGGUGUCUGCUGGUCUGGAGGUGACAGAUGGGAGGUCUGCUCCUCUUCUCUCCUCCUCACAGAUACAGCUGUUUGAGUCAGACCUGCAAGCUACUAUCAGAGCCCUGCAGCGACAGGAGAAAACACACACGCCUGACGACGAGAGGCUGGAUGAGGAGAAAGCUCAUGUUGAGGAGGUGUUGAGGAGAGGAGAGGAGCUGCUGAUGUCUGUUCCUGAUGAGGACAGAAGAGAGGACAUCCGCAGGAGACUCCUGCUGCUCCAGACGGGCCACAAGGAGCUUCGUAUCACCAGAACACCGUCUUCUCCUCCGCAGAGAUCAGAGUCAUCCCUCGCGUCCGUCUCCCCGUCCGACUAUCUGCUGGACAUUAAUAAGGUUCUGCUGGCCAUGGCCGACAACGAGCUGCUCCUGAACUCCUCAGAGCUCAGCGGAGGACUGUUUGAGGAUUUCUCCAGCCAGGAGGACGCGCUCAGGAAUAUAAAGGAGAGUUUGGAGCGGCUGGGAGAGCGGGUGGAAGUGAUUAAUGAGCGCCAGCCGGAUGUGAUUCUGGAAGCAUCCAGACAGGAGAUGGCACAGAUAUCUGAUGCCCUGACACAGCUGAACUCAGAGUGGGACCGAGUCAACCGCAUGUACAGCCAGAGGAAACGGUGUUUCGAUGGGGCUGUGGAGGAGUGGAGGCAGUUUCACUGUGACAUGAAUGAUCUCUCGCAGUGGCUGAGCGACACUGAACAGGUCCUGGCUGACGGAGAACUGGACCUGGACCGCGCUCGAGCACAGCAACAGGACCUGGAGGAAGCUCUGGCCUCUCAUCAGUCUGUUGUGGCGGUGUUGAGCCGGUCUGGAGAGCACAUCAUGGGUCAGGUGUCGUCACCUGAUGCUGCUCUGCUGCAGGAGAAGCUGGACGCUCUGAGACACCGCUGGACACACAUCGAGAGAGAAGUGUGUGAGCGCCAGCGCAGGUUGAUGGGUGAGGAUCCGGCCGUGAUGGAUGUGCUUCAGAGGACCGCUGCUCUGGCUCAGUGGCUGGAGCACACGGAGGGCGCUGUGGAGAUGCUGCCGGUUUCAGCCUCCGACAAGAGCCUCAGAGAGCUCAAGGCCUUGACGGAGGAGAUGGAGGGUCAGAAUGAGACGUUGUCAUGGCUGAAUAAAACCGGCUCUCAGAUCUUGUCAAACUCCAGUCUGAGUCCUCAGGACAGAGACACUCGUGUGAAUAAAAUCAGGCAGAUAAACCUCAGCUGGAGUAAAGUGAGCCGUGAGCUGCUGGAUAAGGUGCGUGAGGUGGAGGGGCGUCUGCAGACACACACAGCGGUCCAGGACGAGAGGAGGCUGGGGUCGUACACACAGUUUCAGGAGCGCAUGAGCAGACUGGGCGGCUGGGUUAACAUCAGCAGCCAGUCUCUGAGCGACGUCACACCGGCGGAGAGACAGGGUCUGGAAAUGUCCAUGCGAGAGCAGAAGCGGGAGCUGGAGGAGCUGUUGUCUUACUCUAUUGAACUCCAGAGGAAACAGCUGCUUUUACCACAGGAGAAGAGUAAAAUCGAACAGUUGGCAGCAGACUGGAAAGCUCUGGAUGCCAGACUGAAAGAGCCUCUGUCUCCAGAGCUGGCGGGCCCGAGCUACCUCCAGCAGACGGCCACAGAGCUGGCGGGCCCGAGCUACCUCCAGCAGACGGCCACAGAGCUAUCGGACUGGCUGCUCCUCAUCCAUCAGAUGCUCAAAUCCAACAUCGUCACGGUGGGAGACAAAGAGGAGAUCCACACCACCAUCGGCCGCCUGCAGGCGACUAAAGUUGAUCUGGAUCAGAGACAUCCACAGCUGGAAGACAUCAUCACUCUGGCUCAAAACAUCAAGAACAAAACCUCCAACCUCGACGUGCGCACCUCCAUCUCUGAGAAACUGGAGAAGGUCUGCAGCCAAUGGGACGGCACACAGCAUGGCUUGGAGGCGCGGCUUCUGCAGCUGGAGUGCAUGAUCGGCCACAGUGACCAAUGGGAGGAGCAGAGGCACAAGGUGAACGCUCUGAUUGGACAAAACGAGAUGCGUCUGAACAACCUGCUGCAGCUGAGCCGGGAGCCGCUUACCAAACAGAUCAGUGACAACAAGGCGUUCUUGCAGGAGCUCAGUCGAGGACAGGAGAGCCUGACGUCCUUUAAUGAACUGUCCAAUCAGCUUCUGCAGGAAUAUGCCUCUGACGACACGCGCAAGGUCAAAGAGGUCAUGGACAAACUCAACACGGUGUGGAACAGCGUCAGUAACAGGGCGUCGGAUCGUCAGGCUGCGCUGGAUUCAGAGCUGAAGUCUCUCCAGACGUGUCUCCGAGAGCUCGAGUCCUUCCUCAAGUGGCUCCAUGAGGCGGAGACUACGGUCAGCGUGUUAUCUGACGCCGCCCAGAGGGAGGAGCUCUCGCAGGACUCCACCCACAUCACAGAGCUCAAAGGGCAGCUUGGGGACAUCCAGGCGGAGAUCGAGGCUCAUAAUGAUGUCUUCAGGAGUGUGGAUGGGAAUAAGAUGAAGAUGGUGAAGGCUCUGGGGAGCUCAGAGGAAGCAGUUUUCCUUCAACAGAGACUGGAUGACAUGAACCAGCGCUGGAACGACCUGAAGGCCAAAUCAGCCAAUAUACGGGCUCAUCUGGAGGCCAGUGCUGAGCGCUGGAACCGGCUUCUGUCAGUCCUGGAGGAUCUGGGCCGCUGGAUCAGUGUGAAGGAUGAGGAACUGAACAAACAGAUGCCCAUCGGAGGAGACGUGCCCACAGUGCUGCAGCAGCAGAACCACUGCAUGGCUCUGCGGGCGGAGCUUAAGGAGCGUGAGCAUUUCGUUCUCAGCACUUUGGAUCAGGCACACAUGUUUCUAGCCGACCAGCCAAUCGAAGGACCCGAAGAGCCACGCAAGAACCUGCAACCCAAAGCCGAGCUGAGCCCGGAGGAGAAGGCCCAGCAGGUGGCUAAAGCGAUCCGAAAGCAGACUGCAGAGGUGGGCGAGCGCUGGGAGAGGCUCAUGGGACACGCGGGCACCUGGCGAGAGCAGGUGGACAGAGCAUUAGAUAAACUCCAAGGUCUCCAGAGCUCCAUGGACCAACUGGACCUGCGUCUAGCCCAGGCCGAGGAGCUCAAAGCUGGAUGGCAACCGGUGGGAGACCUUCUCAUAGAUUCCCUACAGGAUCACAUCGAGAAAACAACGGCGUUUCAUGAUGAGAUCGAGCCUCUGAAACAGGAUGUCCGGGCAGUGAAUGAUCUGGCAGGUCAGCUGACCCCACUGGACGUCCAGCUGUCCUCCACCACCAGCCGUCAGUUAGACAACCUCAACAUGCGCUGGAAACUACUGCAGGCGGCUGUAGAGGAAAGGUUGAAGCUCUUACAGGAAGCACACAGGGAUUUUGGACCCUCCUCUCAACAUUUCUUAUCCACUUCGGUGCAGUUGCCCUGGCAGAGAGCAGUGUCCCAGAAUAAAGUGCCCUACUACAUCAAUCAUCAGAGUCAGACGACGUGCUGGGACCAUCCCAAGAUGACCGAGCUCUAUCAUUCUCUGUCUGACCUCAACAACGUGCGGUUCUCCGCGUACAGGACGGCGAUGAAGAUCCGCCGGCUGCAGAAAGCCCUCUGCUUGGAUCUGCUGGAUCUGAGUGUGGCUCAGUCCAUGUUCCAGCAGCACAAUUUGACGGUAAACUCCCAGCAGCUGGCGGUUCCUGAGGUCAUCAACUGCCUGACGUCUGUGUAUGACGGACUGGAGCAGGAACACAAAGACCUGGUCAACGUCCCGCUGUGUGUGGACAUGUGUCUCAACUGGCUGCUCAAUGUCUACGACACGGGUCGCAGUGGGAAAAUUCGAGUUCUGUCCAUGAAGAUUGGUCUUCUCUCUCUUUGUAAGGGUCACCUGGAGGAGAAAUACAAAUGUCUGUUUAAUCAGGUGUCGUCGGCGGGUGAGACGUGUGAUCAGAGGCAGUUGGGUCUUCUGCUGCAUGAUGCCAUUCAGAUCCCUCGACAGCUGGGGGAGGUGGCGGCCUUCGGCGGGAGCAACAUCGAGCCCAGCGUCCGCAGCUGCUUCCAGCAUGUGACCAAUAAGGUGGAGCUGGAGCCCAGGCAGUUUAUUGAUUGGAUGAGGCUGGAGCCGCAGUCGAUGGUUUGGCUUCCGGUCCUGCACAGAGUGGCAGCAGCAGAAACGGCCAAACACCAGGCCAAGUGCAAUAUCUGUAAAGAGUUCCCCAUCGUGGGCUUCAGAUAUCGCAGUUUGAAGCAUUUUAACUAUGACGUUUGCCAGAGUUGUUUCUUCUCUGGACGCACAGCGAAGGGUCAUAAACUCAACUACCCCAUGGUGGAGUACUGCACACCGACCACCUCAGGAGAAGACAUGCGAGAUUUCACCAAAGUCUUAAAAAACAAGUUCCGCUCAAAGAAGUAUUUCGCCAAGCACCCUCGCCUGGGAUACCUGCCUGUCCAGACGGUCCUCGAGGGAGACAACAUGGAAACUCCGGUCACUCUCAUCAGCAUGUGUCCGGAGCAGUAUGAGCUUUCUCCAUCGCCACAAUUCUCUCAUGACGACACACACUCACGGAUAGGGCAGUACGCCAACAGGUUGGCACAGAUGGAGCGAUCUAAUGGCUCUCUGCCCACCGACAGCAGCUCGGCCACUGGAAGCAUGGACGAGGAACACGCUUUAAUCCUGCAGUACUGUCAGACUUUGGGAGGGGAGGGCUCAUCCUUCAGCCAGCCCCAAACCCCCGCCCACAUCAGCAGGAGCCCCGCCCAUAACACUAACAGACCUGCCUACCUGCUCCAGAGCCCCGCCCAGAUCCUGCAGGCUGUGGAGAGGGAGGAGCGAGGAGAGCUGGAGCGGAUCAUAGCACGACUGGAGGAGGAGCAGCGGACCCUGCAGAGGGAGUAUGAACAGUUGCGCCAGCAGCACGGUCAGCCCGGCGCGGGGGCCACAGCUGUUGGCGGGACCCCUGAGGAAGCUGACCUGUUAGCUGAAGCUAAACUCCUGCGACAGCACAAGGGACGGCUGGAGGCCCGCAUGCAGAUACUGGAGGACCAUAACAAACAGCUGGAAUCACAGCUCUACCGACUACGCCAGCUGCAUCAGCCUGAGUUAAAUGGCUCGUCCUCUUCUGGCUCUCUCCAUCAGGAUACAGCAGGACAGGCCGAGCUCCCAGAGGAGUUUCUCCAUCAGUGUGCUAACAGUAACUCUGAUCUGGCUGAGGUUGUGGAACAGAUUAACCACAGUUUUCCUGCAUGCUCUCCGUCAAGUGUGUCCUCAAGGCCGAAGGUGAUGUGAAGGUUUUCAGCAGAACAUCCCUUUGGAAAUCUUGCGGACAUGAAGAGCAGACUCAAACUAGACAUGACAAGAAGAUUCCCGUUCUAGAGAUGUUUGUCCUCAAACCCAAAGACUGGCCCACACAGUUAAUUCAAUGGCUAUUACUACUGCGUCUGUCUGUACUAUGCAACUGUACAUUUGAUCAACAUGUAGAUUGUACGUGAGGUGUAUCUGCCCAUUGUUUUAAUACUCAGAUGAUUAUUUAGGGUUAUGGGGGCCAUUUAUGGUAUAACAUGUAUGCUUUUAUUACUGUGUUCACCAAGAACCCACACUGCUACCACACGCAGCUCACAUCAGUUGCUGUUCAGAAUGGCACGGUGUCUUUCUACAGACGUGCUUAUUAGUUGAAUCAGAAAACGAGUUGAACAUCCGUGUAUAUGAAGACGAAGCGGCCUCGUAAUACUAAACUGUUAACGAAUGUUGCCCCCAGCAUUAUUCUGUUCAACUUUAAACUGUUUUGACAGUGUUUGCCGUGAACUCGGGUAGCAGCGCAUCUGAACCCUCACUGAAUUUCUAGAGCGCAUGCACAGAUGAUGUACAACACAAUCAUUCGAACACGUCGAAAACACCCUUUUGUGCCUAUAAAGCAUCCAUUCCAGGAGAGAUGAGUGGCUGAGAGAUGCGUUUUUCUCAAAACUGUGUUGAAAGAUUAUAUUAUAAAAAGUCAAAUGUAGGAAAUGUGGAUUUUUAGGACGUUUGGCCCAAGAUGAUUUAUCUUUGUGUAGUAUAGUUUUCUAAAUAAAUGUUUAAAAAAAAAUGUAAUUAGAGAAAGCCAUGAUUGCCUUGCUACCUCAGACAUCAGUCAAUCAGUCAUUCAUUGGUGUGACUGUCGAUUAAUCUUACUCUCCCACUUCCAAAAACAAAACUAAGGAAAUCGCCCCAAUGGUCGUUCCAUAAUGUUGCACUUGCUACGCAAGUAAGCUUCCCCGAUGAAUACUUUGUGUUUGUCCCUUGUUUUCCUGGCAGUCCUUUGAUUUUUCCACAUGGUGUAUUUGUGGUGUAUUCAGUGAAGUGUUUAACAUUACUGUAACACCUGCGAAGCUUUGUUCUGAAGCUGAUUGUAGUGAAGUCACCGAUGCUGUGCUGUUCUGACCCAAGAUAGAUCAAUAAGACCCAACACACUACAUGUAAUGAGGUUCCAUAUGUUUUAUUCAAAAUAAAGUUUUUAUAAUGAGUG